UUCCGGUUUUGCAACCCCUGGGUGCCGGCGGCGUAGAUUGGCCCUUUAGGGCCUUAUUCGGAAGCUCCGCCUUUGCUUGGGUCUUUCUGGAGAGACAGCUUUGAUCUGGACCGAGUGGGGCAGCGUCCCGGGCUCCUGCGUGUCUCCCAUGGCGGAUACGACCCCGAACGGCCCCCAAGGGGCGGGUGCUGUGCAAUUCAUGAUGACCAAUAAACUGGAUACGGCCAUGUGGCUUUCUCGCUUGUUCACAGUUUAUUGCUCCGCUCUGUUUGUUCUGCCUCUUCUCGGGUUGCAUGAGGCAGCAAGCUUUUACCAGCGUGCUUUGCUGGCGAAUGCCCUUACCAGUGCUCUGAGACUGCAUCAGAGAUUACCACACUUCCAGUUAAGCAGAGCCUUCCUGGCUCAGGCCUUGCUAGAGGACAGCUGUCACUACCUGCUGUAUUCACUCAUUUUCGUCAACUCCUACCCUGUUACAAUGAGUAUUUUCCCAGUCUUGUUGUUUUCUUUGCUUCAUGCUGCCACAUACACUAAGAAGGUCCUGGAUGCAAAGGGUUCAAAUAGUUUACCUCUGCUGAGAUCUGUCUUGGAUAAAUUAAGUGCUAACCAACAAAAUAUUCUGAAAUUCAUUGCUUGCAAUGAAAUAUUCUUGAUGCCGGCUACAGUUUUUAUGCUCUUCAGUGGUCAAGGAAGUUUGCUCCAGCCUUUUAUAUACUAUAGAUUUUUGACUCUUCGCUAUUCCUCUAGAAGAAAUCCAUAUUGUCGGAACUUGUUCAAUGAGCUGAGGAUUGUUGUUGAGCACAUUAUAAUGAAGCCCUCCUGCCCACUGUUUGUGAGAAGACUUUGUCUCCAGAGCAUCGCCUUCAUUAGCAGACUGGCUCCAACAGUUGCGUAGUUUAAGUCUAGUUAAGCUGGGAAUAGAAGAUAAGCAUUAGUAGCUGGUAAUAUGGAUAGGGGUCUCAAAUGACAGGUCUAACACCAACCUCAGUUCAAUUUACAUGAUUUACAUAAGUGCAUCUCAGUGCAAAAUAAUCAUUUCCUGGCAUGUUAGUCAAGCCUUUAAUAGUUUCUGAGAAAAUUUUACUGUACAUUAUUGUUCGUGGUUAUGUAAGUUUUUAUUUAAUGAUAAAUGUUACUAAAUUGUUUUAGAUGCUGCUGUGCAUACAUCAUGAAAUACAUUUAUUUCUUUUAAAAAGAAUUCUGAAACUUGUUUUAUCCUAACCAGUAACCCAAGUUACAUCUGGAAUGAGCUCAUUAUGGUAAUAGAUGAAUUCAGUGUGUUUUAAGGCAGUAUUUUUCCCAGUGAUUUUGGUUGGGAUUUUAACAGAUGCCCAUCCCCCUGCAGUUUAAUUUCACAUUCAGCUGAUCUUGUGAUGGUUUGCUAGGACAGAUGUGUUUAGCCUGCACCAUUACAAGGGAAAUUCUGUGUCUAUUUUAUGACCUGCUAUGCUUUCGUUUCCAUUAGUAUAUCUGUGGCUUUGGUUGUGUUUGAAUCUGGCUUGUCUGUAAACCUGUUUUGGAUUAGCUAUAUGGGGUCAUAGAACCAUUUACUCUAGAAGGUGGUAGUGACCACACAGCAUCGGAGACCUACUAAGUAACUUUUACAAAUGUCCACAGAUAGAUUACCAGUGUUGCUAUAGUUUGUAGAAAUACUUAGUUCAGAUUCUUGACUCCAGUUUUCUUGGUUUCUUAGGCUUGAAAUGUCCUAGAAAUUUGCAGCAGCAGUUCUGAUGCCUUUGAAAGGAUGAGACUGAAGAUUGAGCAUGUGAUUACACUUGUAUUUUCUGAAAUAAUGAAGAAUGUUCUGUAGAUUACAUGUUUAUCCAGCAAAUACAAUUCAAAAGGUUAAGUGGAGAGGUUUAUAGGUAAGGUAAUUAAACAGGCCUGGGGAAUAGUUGAGGGAUAGUGGGUGUUCCAGCCUGGUAGUACGCACAUGAGCUUGGGGGACUGGAUGUACAAUAUAAUGCAUCUAUAUGAAUGGGGCUGGAUAAUAUGUUCAAGACUUUUAAUUGAGUUCCCAUAAAUUCCCUUAUAAAAGUUAUUUUGAUCUUUGUUACUGUUGCAUGAUUGGAAAUGCUUAAAACACUGCAUAAUUUUAGUAUAAGGUAAUGUAAUGUUGUGGUCUUUUUUUGUACCCAGUUCUCUUCUAUCUGCAUGUAAUUUGGAUUUCUCAAAUACAUUCAUUAGUAAUUUAUAACAUCAGUUUUCUUUUUGUUUAAGCUCCUAAUCUGUAGAGAAGUGAUAGUCUUGGGGUAGAUUUCCAGAAAAUACAACCUGAUAGCUUAGCUUUAACCAGGUACUUUUACAUUUUUAUAGCAGUUAUCCACCAAGUUGGAGACUUUUUUUAUGUAUGUGCCUAGCCUCCUUAUCACUAUAUAUGAAAUAUUAUGGUUUGAAAACGCCAGCUUUGUAGAGCAAUGAAGUGACUGUAAUGUUACAUAAGUGUACUGAUUUCUAAUGAUGAUUUAAAACAUUGUCUUGAAUGACAUCAAGUUCUGGCAGCUAAAGGCAUAUUUAUUUUGAAAUUUUUUUCCCGCCAUCUUUUUUUUCAAUCUUGGAACAUUUUAGAUUCCUGAGACGUUCAAAAUAGUGCUGAGAGUUCCUUACUUAUCUAUUUUUAUAUUACCGUCUUUUAAUUGGUAGGACAUUUAUGCAAAGUAAGAUAAUAACCUUGAAUUAACUAAAGUACAAAAUUUAUUUGGAUUCCAA